AAAUGCAUUCCCUUGGUUCGUAGCCCGCCGCAGCGCUGCCCUUUCUCACACGAACCCCACCCCUUCCGCCUGCUUCGCCGCUGUCGUCGCCCUCCCUUCAGCUGGUGCGCCUGCAGCCUGACGAAUUGCAGCGUAGGCUCCUCUUCUUCAAUCCUUUCAUCGGGUGAUAAUACCGUAAGAGGAGGUCACCUGUGUGGAAGUCCUCGAGAGGUUGGGAUGGCCGAUCUUUCUUGAUAUGCAUCAUAAUUGCUAUGUUAGAUAUGUUGGUUUUAUAUAGAUCUGUUAUUGCUGGAGUCCAGUUGAAGACACUGUUAUAUAUUGUGGUGUAAUUCAUUGUUAAUAAUGGCUCGUGCUGAGCUGACAACAGAGGAGGUUCUCAGGAGUGAUAUACCAUGGGAAACUUACAUGUCUACAAAGCUCAUUACUGGUACACAUCUUCAGUUAUUGAGGCGCUAUGAUAAAAAAUCGGAAAGCCAAAAAGCUUCUUUGCUUGAUGAUGAUGGACCAUCUUAUGUACGGGUGUUCACAGAUAUUUUACGUGAUAUAUCCAAGGAAGAAACAGUGGAAUAUGUGCUUGCUCUUAUUGAUGAAAUGCUUACAGCAAAUCCCAAACGCUCUGGUCUAUUUCAUAAAACAAGUGAAGACACUUACCGACCUUUCUUAAGAUGGCUUCAUGAGGGAAAUUGGUUCAUACAAGAGAAGAGCUGUAAAAUAUUGACUCUAAUAGUGAGUGUUCGACAAAAAGCUCGUGAUGCCUUCACUAUAAAUGGAGAAACCUCACAGUCAGGAAGCAACUCAACUAUAGAUGAUGUUCUAGAAGGACUACUUAAUUGGCUUUGUUUUCAGCUGAAUAACCCAUCUCAUCCUGCAUGUUCUUUACCUUUGGCCAUAAAUUGCCUGACGAAUUUGCUAAGAGAACCCUCUGUAAGGACUUCAUUUGUUCAAGCAGACGGUAUCAAACUGUUAAUUCCGUUGAUUUCACCAGCAUCAACUCAGCAGUCCAUCCAGCUUCUUUAUGAAACUUGCCUUUGCAUUUGGCUCUUGUCAUACUAUGAUGGAGCAGUUGACUACUUGGCCACUACUAGGGCUAUGCCAAGGCUAGUUGAAGUUGUAAAAGGUUCAACAAAAGAAAAGGUUGUGAGGGUUAUUGUUUUGACAUUGCGCAAUUUGCUACCCAAGGCAGCAUGUGGAGCACAGAUGAUUGAUGUUGGAUUACCACAGAUUGUUCAGUCUCUAAAAGCUCAGGCAUGGAGUGAUGAGGAUUUAUUGGAUGCUCUGAAUCAACUGGAAGAUGGACUUCAAGUUCACCUAAAAAAUUUGAGUUCCUUUGAUAAGUACAAGCAGGAAGUUCUUUUGGGUCAUCUUGACUGGUAUCCUGUGCACAAGGAUCCAGGGUUCUGGAAAGAGAAUAUUACAAAUUUUGAAGAAAAUGAUUUCCAGAUUCUGCGUGUUCUGAUCACAAUCCUUGACACUUCUACCGAUCCUAGGGCUCUUGCUGUUGCAUGCUAUGAUCUUUCUCAGUUUAUCAAGUAUCAUCCUGCUGGAAGAAUCAUCGUGUCAGACCUGAAGGCCAAGGACAGAGUGAUGAAGCUCAUGAAUCAUGAAAAUGCUGAGGUGACGAAGAAUGCCCUUCUAUGCAUCCAAAGGCUUUUCCUUGGGGCCAAGUAUGCUAGCUUUUUACAGUCUUAAGCCAAUGUUCCUUGAGUUGGAACUCGGCCUCUCCGUUACCAUCUCUCAUGUUGAUAUUGUGAUCCCUGGCUUGUAUCCCCAGAGUCAUGUGAUUUCUUGAUAAAUCUGGGGUGCUCUACUCUUGUCAGGGUGGUGUCUUAUAAAAAAAAGCAUUUUUUUUUGUUGUUUCUUGUAAUAAAUUGUAAGCUCAAUUUUAUGUGAUCGGGUAAUGUUUAACUCGAUGAGGAUACCUGAAAUAAGCGACCAGCAUAAUCUUGUGUUCAUUGUUGAGUUACUAUCAAAUACUGUAUUGGCUUUUUGAUCUUUCAAUUCAGAAACCUUGAACCCUCGUGGACUGGGGUCUAUACUUGGGUGAGCUGAAGUAAA